UCGUCUGCCUAGGAUCGAAAACAAACAUUCCAGAAUUCCCGUUUCGGAUUCCCACUUCCUCGGCUUUCUUUGGCACUUGUGGACGAGGGCGGACGCUCGGCCCUUCUCUCCGAUAUGAGGCCGCUUUCCUGAAUACUUGAGCAGUGUUAGGCAUGGUACAAGGAGCAGAGGCCAGGAUGAAGGGAAACGAAGCAGAAACGGUGAAGGUGGUGGUGAGAUGCCGGCCCAUGAACGAGCAGGAGACUGCCAAUGGGUACAAAAGGGUGGUGGACAUGGACGUUGACAGAGGUGUGGUGGAGAUCAGUAAUGUCAAAGGGGCAGAAACUGAUCCAAAGAAAACCUUCACCUUUGACGCUGUCUAUGACUGGAAUUCCAAGCAGCUGGAGCUUUAUGAUGAAACAUUCCGACCCCUGGUUGACUCAGUCCUCAAUGGGUUCAAUGGUACAAUCUUUGCUUAUGGCCAGACAGGGACAGGGAAAACCUAUACCAUGGAAGGUAUACGGGAUGAUCCUGAGCAACGUGGGGUGAUACCAAACUCAUUUGAACACAUUUUCAAUCACAUUGCUCGGAGUAGUAAUCAACAAUACCUCAUUCGUUCAUCCUACCUUGAAAUAUACCAGGAAGAAAUUAGAGACUUACUGGGAAAGGACCAGAAAAAACGUCUGGAGCUGAAGGAGAGACCAGACACAGGUGUCUAUGUGAAGGAUCUCCAACAGUUUGUGUGUAAAAGCGUCAAUGAGAUCCAGCAUGUUAUGACGGUGGGAAAUCAGAACAGAGCUGUAGGGUCAACAAACAUGAAUGUACACAGUUCUCGUUCGCAUGCCAUAUUCAUCAUCACCAUUGAGUGCAGCGAUGUGGAUGAGAAGGGAAGAGGCCACAUCCGAGUGGGUAAACUGAACCUGGUGGACUUGGCUGGGUCAGAGAGACAGUCAAAGACGGGCACAGUGGGAGACAGGUUGAAAGAGGCAACGAAGAUCAAUUUGUCCCUCUCAGCUCUGGGAAAUGUGAUCUCAGCUUUAGUGGACGGCAAGAGUACUCACAUCCCUUACAGAGACUCCAAACUUACCCGCCUUCUGCAAGAUUCUCUUGGAGGAAAUUCUAAAACUAUCAUGGUAGCCAACAUUGGUCCUGCCAGUUACAACUACGAUGAGACCAUCACAACCCUCCGCUAUGCCAACCGGGCCAAGAACAUCAAGAACAAGCCCAAGAUCAAUGAGGAUCCCAAGGAUGCCAUUCUUAGAGAAUAUCAGCAGGAGCUUGCUCGAUUGAAGGCUCAAUUAACGCAAAGAGGAGGAAAAAAGAAAAAGAAAAAGAAACAAGCAGAGGGUGAUGUGGAUGAAGCUGAGGAAGAGGAGGAAAGUAGUGUGGAUAUGGAGACCAUCCUGCAACAGGAGAAGGAUCUGGAGGAUGAGAGGAAUCGCAUACAGAAUGACCAACAUAUGAUAGAGGAGGAGAAACAGCAAUAUUUAAUGGACAUGAAGAAUAAGGAAGCAGAAAUAGUGGCUGCAAAAGAAGCACAGGAGAAGUUGAUGGGCAGGAUUAAGACAAUGGAAUCCAAGCUACUUUGUGGAGGCAAGAACAUAAUAGACCACACUAAUGAACAGCAGAGAGCUCUUGAACAACGGACGCAAGAACUGUUGGAACAGAAAAGAAGAGAGAGAGAAAUGCUGCAGUUACUGGAGAAGGAGGAGGAAUCUUCAUGUGAAAUUGCCUCCACCUUUUCUUCACUCCAGCAAGAGGUGGAAGCAAAGACACGUAAAUUGAAAAAGCUCUUUGCCAAAUUACAAUCAGUAAAACAAGAGAUGGGAGACCUGCAUGAAGAGUUUUGCAGAGAUCGUGUGGACCUUCAGCAUACACAGGAUGUUCUUACCAGAGAACUGAAACUCAAAGCCCUUAUAAUUGAAAACUUUAUAUCCCCUGAAGAAAAGCGCAAGAUUCUGUCUCGUGCAUAUUUUGAUGAGGAUGAAGAUGUUUGGAAGCUGCGACCGGUGGUUCGACAGACAGGAGGAACUCUGAAGAGGCCAGUAUCCUCAGCCUCAAGAAGACCUACCUCCGAAUACGCCAAAAUGCAGGCUUCGCUUGAUCAUAACCCAAGAUACAAAGGAGAAAAUAUCAUGGUAGUGGAGGACCCAGUUCGCACAACAAGAGACUGGGAGGGGCCUGUCGUUGCCCCUCGUGUUGCAGCAGCAUUAGAAGCCGCCCUCAUGCCAAUAGAUGAUGACCUGAGUAUCGAUGCUUCCCUCGCGACCCUCAACCGCUCCCAGGCUGUGAGGUCAACUAGAAAGGGGAAGACCAAGGGAAAGUUGUCCACAUGUGAUAAUGAUGACAUUGGUGCUGUGAUAAAAAAUUACAAAGAAACCAUGAGUUCAAUCAUUCCUGAGAUUCAAGAGUGGGAUACGCCCCCCAUCACAGGUGCCGGACAGCUCUUUGUACCCAAAGUCCCGCGGUCUGGUUCCCAAGUAACCAGCCUGUGGGCUCCCAGCUGCUCCGAAAUGCUUGAAGAUGACUAUGAUGAGGAUCCCAGUUAUUUUCCAUGUAGAACCAGAGACUCUAGAGGAAAGUACAGUCGGCCAAACCAGAAAACAGGAAGUCAGGUUGAUGUAAGAGAAGGUCUUAAUGAAAGAGAAGAAGGUAAGUCCUCUUUGGAGAAUAGCACAGCAGAGAGUCACCAGUUGGAGGCUACGUCAGAAAGUCAGAGAGAAUUCUCAGCGCAGAAGCAGAUGAGUUUAGAAGAAUCUCUGGUUCUUGGCCUGGAAAAGGGAACUCAGCUCGUCCUAGGGCCUUUUGGAGCACGUCGCACCUGUUAUCACUAUAGGCCUCAAGUCAAACGCUGUUUAACAUCAUUAAGUAGAAGUAAACCCAGAAAGGUGCUACUCAACUCCCAUUGUUGUGUAGAUAAACAAGAUACUUCCUGUUCUUAUUCUUCCUCUUUAAGUCAUCUCUGCCAACAAAGCCAACCAGAUCACAGAAGACUGUGUCCCAGAAAGUCGAGUGCAAGUAAGAGUGAUUUCCUUCACAGAAUAUGGUGUUAUCAUAUGUCAAGAAGUUCUGUGAAGGUGUCUGGUGGCAGCCUCUCCCAGAGAUUUAGCUGCCUGCUGCACAAGAAGCGGAUUGAUUGGAGAAGCUCCAUGCACCCGUGCACAUAUGAAAGAAUUAUGUGGCGUUUACCGUCCUCUCAGUGGAAACAGCUAGCGUUGUGUUUGAUACAUUUUGAGGGAGACGACACCUUACGCUUCCUAACUCCUGUCAUGUUUUCCUUGAGGAAAUUCAGAAAUAUGUCUGAAUCUCGAAUGGUUUACUCCUUAAGCAUGGAUAGCUAUGGUGUGUCAGAGAGAGCAUGGGAAGACAUGGUCUCAGCACUGUGUCUUUGCUGUGUGUUGGUAUUUAUUUACCGUGUGUAUGUUGGUGUGUGUGGGUGUCUAUCUGAAGUGAUGGACUGGAUCUCAUUUUAGACUGAAAUCCAAGGAAGUAAUUCACAUGAAUUGCCUCACUCUGGAGAAUGGUUUGGCUUCAGAUCUUUUAUUUUCAAAUUAAGUCCUGUAUCAGGUGCUUUUAUUCUUUUUAUAAAUUGAUUGGAAAUUAUUUGUUCUUAAAGGGGUUGGUGCUUUGAGUUUGUAUUAGUGAGUUAUUCGACAUGACAGUAUAAUAUGCUAGUACUUUGAUAACUUUUUUUUUUUUGUAUCAUGGGUAAUGUCAGGUAGAUAGAAUGAUAAGAAAGCUUCAAAAUCAAAAUUAUUUACUCAGUUUUGUUUUUAAUUUUUGAAUUCUGAGUAGAAAAUUAACUAGUUCUAGAAAAAAAACUUCAUUCCUUACAAUUAAAGGGGAUACAUUAGCCAUACAUUUAUUUUUUAACAAAUGCAUUUUUUGUUUUGUCGUUGUCCUGUGUUUUAACCAUCAAAGGUUUGGUUCCUAAUUUAUGUAAACAUUUUUCUUUUGUCUGAGCUUUGCUUUGCAGCUUUAUAUCAAUCUGGCUGUUUAGAGCUUUACUAUAUAGUUGCUUUCAGAGUGUGAUAGGCAUUGUAUGGAAGGGUUUGGGUGAGCAUCACUUACUUUCUUGUUUUGGUAAGAUUCUCUCUGAAAUUCAGGGAUUUUAUCAUUCUAAGGAUCAUAGAAGAGGGAUUUUCACUGGAUAUGAUAUUUGAUGUGUAAGAAUUAUAUUAGAUGUUAACAUUUAGGCUAAGGUGGGGUGUACAACUCCUUGUGGAUAAGUUUAUGUAGGUUAUACAUGAGUAUCUCACGGAGAUGUAAGUAAGGAAUUUUUGCUUCAGGUUUUCAUGAAGCACCUAAUUUUAUCAAAAAGAAACUUAAUGCAAAAAUUAAGGAUGUAAGUAUUGACUCUAAGCUGUAGAAUAAUGUAAGAAACAGCAACAUAGUAUCACUUCCUUCUAUAGGCAGUGAUUCUUGGAAAUAAAUUGGACUUAUAUAAGAUUACCAAGAAAGACAAUUCUGCAUAAGAAAAAAAUUAACUUUGUUUACAAACAAAUUGAAAGGAACUUGGGACAGGACUAAAAUACAAAACAAAUAAGGAAUGAUGCAGAUGAGAAAUAGGAUUGGGUGAAGUAUUACUAGUUAACUGAUUGCCUGUACAUAUGGUGUUUAUUCAUUAAUUUUUUUAUUUCUGCUUGUAUCCUGCCACCUUGUCAUGAUUUUUCUUUCUUAUUGAAAAUGAAAUAUUAGUUGCAUAUGAAACAAAGCUACUUGGGUGUGUGCAGUGUAUGUAUUUGACUGACUGAAGAUAAAUGGAUCCGGAAAGAGAGAGAGUACAUGCAACUUAAAGAACUUGUCGAGAUGAUUGAGUCGCCACAUCUCCCUAUUGUUGAAUCUCUUUCCUUUCAUUCUUUGAUCUUCCCCUGUGCUUCAAUUUGUUUUAAUAUUGCACCUGUUUAUUUUUUUUAAGCACCAAAGAUUUUUUUACUUCGUAAAUAUUUUUUCUUUUCUAUGGCAUUGCAACUUUCUCCUCUUUUCUUUCUAACCUUUCUUCUAUUUAUGUGCACGUUGCAUAUCUGUGAUAAUGCGGACUUGAGCUCUUUUUAGUGAUGGGAGCUGCCCGGCCUGCCUGAUAAAAUUUCAGAAAAAACAAUGAAAAAAAAAGGAAAAGAAAAAAGUAUAAAAAAAAAAGUUCUUGUCCAAUUCCUAAUGACCAUUAUGUCCAGACUAUAUACACUUUACAGCUGUAGUAACUCAAGUGUGUUUGUUUUUCUGAGGGUUAGAGUUUUGACUGGGCUUUGUAUUUGAUGCCUCAUGUCUGUUGGACUAAAUACUUUGGCCGGAUGGCAACUUCGGAGGUUUAGUCAGAAGUCCUCUUGCUUGACAAAUACAUAUUGACGUCUGAUGGUGAGGUGGAAGACGAUGACCUGUACUUUGAACUUAACAAGGGUAAUGAACUGAGACAUGUUUGUUUUCUAUUGUUUGAAAUAUACACUGUUUAUGAAAAAAGCAAGGCUUCUGUCAGACUUGUGAAGCAGCUGACUCUUAAAGUUAUCUAGUCUUGUCGGUUUGUUUAGGGUCUAAAGCAAAGCGAGUAGAUCAGAAAAACAUGUCAGAACCUCUCUUUGUAGUAUAAUAAAACUUGAUGAAGUGCUGUAUGUAAGGUUGCUACUGUAUACAGUAUAAACAUGUUUGCCAGGAUACUAUAUUUUUUUUGUGGAUCUGUAUAUAGACAUUAUGGCUAUGACAAUAUUAUGUUUGCAUAAAUGGCUCUAUGGAAGUGCAGGGUUAGAGAUGCCUUUUUGUGAUACUCAUUGGAAAAAACUUAACUGAAGAGUAUUUAACGUUAUGUUAAUAUAGAGACAGUGCAAUAGAUAAGAUGAGCCGUACAUGUGCAUGUCUACAGGAGGAUCAAACCUACAUAUACAAAGGCAAAUUGAUGUAUUUUAGUAAUUUCCUUGGUAUACAAUACUGUUGAAUGUGUGGUAUGUACAUGCAUGUAUACUUUCAAGUUUUCAAGCAUUUUCACGCUUACAAAUGUCUCUUCUCUCUCUCUCUCUCUCUCUCUUCUCUCUCUCUCUCUCUCUCUCUCU